AUGCGCACCGAUGAUCCCAGGAGGGAAACUGUCGUUGCUUCUGUUAGGGAGCAAGUUUCACUGGUGAAAGAAAUUAUUAAAGCAACACUUUUAGAAGUCAGUGAGCUGUGUAGGCCAGUAGUAGCCGAGCGAGUGUUCAAGUUAUUACGUGUUGCACAGAUAGGCAGCGUAAGCGAUCUACAAGAGCACCUGCGUAAGGAUGCAGUUAUAAGUGAGCUCUUAGUAGAGAUCGGUGAAAUCUUGCAGUGUAACGAAAGUGAGAUAGGUGCGAAAUUGAGGGAAUUAACCACAGCAUUGAAAACAGAACAACGAAACUCUGAGAUUUUUCGACUGCAGUUAAGUCAAAAAGAAUUGCAGAUCGAACAGUUGCGUCACGAAGUUGAGUGCAUGGGCCAAAAGCCUUCAGAAGAUCAGAGCAGUGGAACCAGACCACUCCAGGGUGAGUCAGAGGUACCUGUACGAAGUGAUCAUUCUGGAAAUUCCGACCAGUUCAAUCCGUUAUUUCAGAUGCAAUCCUCAAAGAUCUCGACGCCAUCGAACCAGAAGUCUUGCGGGACUACGCUGAAAAGCGGCUCAGGGAACAGUCACGAAACUCAACAAUCGUCGGACACAGGUGAGGUUGACGAGUUUUCACUAAGUGACUAUAUUCGAACCAUGUCGCUACCCGAUGUACAGCCUUUUUCUGGUAAACCUGGCGAGUGUUUCAAGAGAUUUUUGAACUCAUUCGACAUGAAGUACCCAAAAGGGCAGUGGAAAGAGUUGAACCGUUUGCAACUUUUCCAAAGUUUCCUGAGGAAAAACGCGUUAACAGUCUUUGAAACGUUGCCGAGCGAGAUACGAUCGAGCACUCUCGAUCGCGUGAUUGACGCAAUGAAAGAAAGGCUGCGCAUAGACGGAAAUAGCCAGCGGGUUAAGGCCCUAGCAGGGUUGCGUACAUUGGCUAUAAGGCCUGGACAAGCAGUAAAUGAAUUUUGUUUCGUUUUGGAAAGCUUAGCUAAUAAGGCCUACCCGGAUGUGCCCGCAGAGGCAACUUCAUUGCAAAAAGCCGAAAUUUUGUGCAGACAGCUGGCUAACUGGAAUGGGAGUUACUGCCUAACUGAGGCACUAGAGACUAGCUCUUGCGAACAAGCUUAUGAAAAAGUGAAAGAGGCAGCACUACGUUUGGAAAGAAGUUUGAAAACAGCUGAGGAGUGUCGAAUAGCAACUAGGGCACGGUCUACUCACAAUUUCAACCAGAAGCAUGCCGUCGGGGAUAAGCAACCUGGACCGUUUGUCGGGAAGGGUACGGAAGAAAUUGCGAAAAUAGGCACAGAUAAGCCACGCAAACUUCCAUUGAGCAACAAACCAGAAACUACCCCGCCGUACCAGCAGAGAAGAAGAGACCAUGGCCCACCAAGGUGCUAUAAGUGUGGCAAAAGGGGACACAUGGCUAAGGACUGCAGCGUUUCAUCAUCCAGGCAACAACAUAGCUCUGUUCUAAGAGAGGAUCCUAACCAAACGUCUAGUGUGGCAUAUGCCUCUUUGAUAGAUAAAUGGAUGUGUACAAUAUGGGAAGAGUCGGCAUCGAGUGUGAGCGAAUGGUUUGGCCAAAAACCGCUGGUCGAUAUAAUAAUUUGCGGAAUAAAAGCAACCGCUCUCCUAGAUACGGGUUCGCAAACAACGAUCAUACCAGUUAAGUUGCUGAAGAGAGCUGUAGAAUAUGAAAGUAACUUGGAUGAGUAUAUCGAACAUGUGCCAGGACCCAAGGUGAAUGUGCGGGAUGCUUCAGGGAAUGUGAUGGAAGUCUUUGAUACCAUCCGCGUAGCAAUAACACUAGGAAGCCAGCUAGAAUUUGUGUCAGUCUAUGUAGGGGAAGGUUCAGACGAAGUGGUGAUCCUAGGAACGAAUGCCCUUCAUAUGUUCAAACUCAAGUUGGUAAGACACACUUCCACAAAGAGCGAAUCUCUAUAUGAUAGCGGUCGAACAACUGCUAACAUAAGCACUGACAGCUCGAGCUAA